AUGGGAGUGUUUGUGUCUGAACCUGUCCAUGAUGCACAGCCAAGCCUCUUAUCCCAGUCCGGCCAAACUUUGCAUUGCUUCCUCAUUUGGUCGAAGAAAAAAUUCCCAAUCCAUCCAUCCGAUGAACGUGCGAACUUUUUCCACUUGGAGAAGAUGAUGUCAGCUGUGAUAGGAAAAAACGAAGAACUCGCAAACGACAUCGCACAACUGAAGCUCGUCGCUGAAAACCUGAAGCAAGAAAACGAAGACCUGAGAAACAGCUACGGAAGUCUCCGGCGCGACAACGAAAACCUGCGGCAUCAAAACGGGAUCCUCGGCCAAAAACACGAGAGUCUCAGGCACGACCACGAAAGCUUCAGGUCUCGGGUGCAGGGAUAUUUCCACGAAAGGGAUCAGAUGAAGCUUGAAAAUGCGAUGGAAGACAGACUGGAAUAUCUGGAAGCGCUCUCACUGCAAAUCACGCCCCGAAGCUGCAAUGCUCUGGCAAAUCUUGGAGUCUCGAAGACAGGAACGUACCUUGUGGAUCCAGACGGUGCUCUCAUCGGUGAAUCACCCAUCAAAGUCCUCUGUGACAUGGAAGCAGACCCGGUGACCACUGUCGUUCAACACGACUCGAUGGAAAGCACGUACGAGGCAUUCUCGAAGCAGAUGACUUCUUUGAUCGAUCAGUCAGAGUCAUGCGAGAAACAACACGGUGGACUGGUUUGCAGGGGUGAGGCUCCCCGACCGGAAAAUCCAGCAACAUCCUGCUCGUCUCUGCGCCGAGCUGGGAACACUCGCACGGGAUACCACCUCAUCAGCAGGAAAAAAGGACGAUUGGAUGUCGUCCUUUGCCAGAUGGAUUUGGACGAGACGGAUCCCAAGUUUCAAGUGGAGACCAGUGCUCUCAUUCAAGACGGAGCAGUUAUUUUCGAUGCCUUUAGACGAUCUGACUACAUCACGGAGAACGCAGUCAUUAGGUACGAGUCGACGGAGGUAAACGUCGGCGAUGCCAUGGACCCAAACACGGGAAUUUUCACCGCACCCAUAGCCGGAAUCUACUCUUUCUCCUUCCAUUAUUACACUGACGAUUUUGGCCUUGUCCAUAUCCGGCAAAACGAGCUUGUGAAAGCGGCAAUGUACACUUUCUAUACGAGUGAUCUCGGUGAAUACGACGUGCCGGGGCAAUCCGUCGUCCUUCAACUUGCAGAGGGCGACACAGUAGACGUCUACUUAUUUUUCGGAAAAGCAAUGUCGAACACGGACCGUUACGUCCACUUCGUGGGUUACUUGUUAACUCCCCUGUAAAACUACAGACACUGUCAAACCUUCGAUUCCUCGCGUCCAUUUUCACCGCCGGCUUUAAUAUUUCUCCCGUCAAUCUCUAUUCUGCUCCGAAAUCGGCUUCGUAGUCGUUGCCGAAGGUCGACGUGUGUCGCAGCGACCAGCAGCAUUCUCAAUUAAUCUGAUGAACCGAUGAAGCUUUCACGACACGUGGAUCUUCGUUACAGAAGAAAGUGCAGAGAAGUUAACGUGAAAUUAAGUCAUGAACGCGGCUUUGUGAAACUCGACCACAAAUCAUCAGGGUAUGUUUCACUUUUUAGGCAGGACUCCUCAUUCCUACCUCUUCGUAGGGGGAUGGUGUAUGUGUAAAUGUAUGCAUAUGUUUUCGCAGAUAUUUUUCAAAGAUGAUUGGCGCGCAAGAAAUUGGAAUGAAGAGAUAUAUAUCUGUAA